UUGUUUGGAUAUUCUUCUUGUUAUUUAUAGGGAUCCGGUAUGCCACAACCACACGCCACAUCUACAGGUUAUAAUACGAAUAAUCAACAUAGCGGUAUGCCAGCUGGUGUGCCAUUCGGUGCUGGCUGGAUAGCACCAACACAGCAUCCACAUCAGCAACAACAGCAACAACAACAAUCGAAUUUACACUAUCAAACAAAUUCAGCUCCCUAUCCUACUCAUAACUCUGCUCCAUAUCCAACACACAAUGGUGCUGGUGGAGCUCCUUAUCCCACCGCAUCACCUUAUCCACAUACUGCACCCUAUCCCUCCAAUCAACCACCUUAUCCACCAAGUGGUAAUCAAGGUGCUCCAUAUCCUGGUUCAUCUUAUCCUCACAAUCCACAACAGGCUGCAUAUCCUCCGGUAGCCCCCUCAUCAUCAUCACACUAUCAUAAUCCACAAUAUGCCACUCCCAUUAAUACAUCGAAUCAUCCAACAUCGUAUAAUCCACAACAUGGUUAUACACCCAUACGUACUUCAUGUGGCCUCGAAUCACCAGCUGGCAAUAUUCAACACUGUUUUGAAGAAUUGGCUCAAAGACAAGGUCAUCCCAUACAUCAUCAUUCUAUGCCACGCAAAGAGUUGGGGUUUUCAUCGGAAUUUUUAUACGAUGAAGAUAGUUAUGUUGAAAUUUCUGAAAAUCAAUAUUAUGCUGCUAAUGAUAAUAAUGAUCUAGCGGAUGAGGAUGUAUGUAUUUAAAUCUAUUGUUUCUAU